UCAGUGGCAGUGGUUCUAAAUCUGACUGUUUUAAACGAAACGAAUUAUUAUAUACAUAGAAGCAAUAUAUACAUGCUAAAUUAAAUACACGGUUUUAUUUUUUGUAAAAAUUUACAAACCUGCGGUCUGGUAUUCUAUGUGACCAUUAUAAUUUUUUUUUAAAAAAUAUCACGGCUAAAGCACUCUGUUGAUGCUAACGUCACUACAUCUAACUGAAUGUCGCUGAUAUAAUAUCAAAGAAAGAAUUUGUCGCAAUGACUAAAGUAUAGAUACUUCUUCUUAGUUAGUUGUAUUUUACGCCCGCUUCCACCGAAGUGAUAUCGCAGACAAAAAGUAUAGAUAACUUGGAGAACCAUUAUAUCAAUAAGUCGAUUAUGAGAUACACGUGGAUGAUCAAUUAAAUUUGAUUGGUUACUUUUCAGUUAACCAAUACUGUCCAAUUUCGAUUACAUCAACCAAUUACAUUAUUAAGAGUUUUACUCAUUUUUUUUGUUCAUUGCACAUUGAAUCAAUUUUCGAAAACACCAGGGUGCUGAAAAUCACAUGUACACUAUAUAUUCAUUUGGUCUAUCAGUUUAUUGGGUCAAUAAAAAAAGACAGACAUUUUAACUAUAUAGACCACUUAACACCAAUUAACAUUCAAGUCUGUCUGGCAAUUGUCUGAUUAAUUGGUACUCACUCCCUUCCAGUGAUUUUCGAGAUGUGAAUUAAGCCCUUUAUUACUUUUCUUAAAACUUGACGACUCCCGAAUUCAGACUUUGUAUGGAGUUUUUUUCUUAAAAAGAAAACAAAUCGUGGAAGGUACACAUUACUUGUGUUAAUGAUAUGAAAAAACACACAAGAUUUUAUAAAUCGACACAAGUUUGUGUUAAUGCAAUGCAAAACAACACAUAACUUGUGUAGUUUAGUUUUAUCACAAGUACUUGUGUUGAGAUCCAACACUAGUGUUUUUUCAGUGUAUAAGAGUAGGCCGUAGUGCCGCUGUCCGGGCAAAAUUUCCCUUAUAGCACACUACUGUAUGGCGUAUCCCCGUCUUCAUUAGCCUAGUUUGGAGCAGAACAGUAGGACGUUAAACCCAAAUCAUUUCAAUUUCAGAAAUAUGGGUCCCGAUUAACUCAUAUGAAAUGGUAGCAUUCUUCCUGAUCAACAUAGACACCAUUAUGAUUUUUCACAUUUUCUUUUCCGUUGUGAUUUUACAUCAAUUUUCUUCCCGAAAUUAAAAAAAAUAUGAUUUUUCUUUUCAUUUAGUCCAAACCAACAGAUUACAUACAGCUGGAAUUGUCAGAAAGAAGGAAUAAUAUGAGUAAUUUCUGCCAUCGACAAGUUUCGCAAAACACCACGAAGCGCACAAUGGAAAAUAUCAAAAAGAAAUUACUGUAUUCUCCAGAGAAGAAGUUUUUAUAUUGUCCAGUGGAAAAAGUUGGAUCCACAUUUUGGCGACGUUUGUUCUUAAUUGUGAAUGGCGUCUCUAAAACAAAUAACCCAUUUAAUGUUUCAACAUAUAUGCUUUACAGUAACCGUUACAGCGCAAUAAAAGCGGAAACAACAGCAAUACGAAAUUCUUUAAAGUUUGUUAUUGUCCGUGAGCCAUAUUCUCGUCUUUUGUCCGCUUACGCCAAUAAACUGUUUGACAUAAAUCCAGUUUAUUGGUCAAUGUACGGACGAAAGGUUAUCAAAGCUGUACGGAAAAACCCGAGUAAUAAAAGUUUAUCUUGUGGUCAUGAUGUCACAUUUCCAGAGUUAGUUCGUUACGUCGUAAAACCACUUGCCAUGAAGGAUAUUCAUUUUAAUCCUAUUUCAGACAAGUGUAGUCCUUGUGACGUAAAAUAUGACAUCAUAGGUAAAAUGGAAACAUUUAAACGGGACACUUUGCAUGUUCUAAAGAAACUAAACUUGACCCACUUAGUAAUGUCUAGGGCACUUCAAGAAAUGGAAGAAGGGGUGGACAUUGAUACUAUCAAAAGCAAUACGAACAGUUUGAUGAAUUACCUCUCGCAAAAAAGAACACUGAAAUGUGUAACCCAUGAAGAGGCGUUUAAAAGAAAAUGGCGGAAUUUGCAACUUAGGGGAAUUAUAGGAAGUGACGUCGAAUACCCUUUCAAAGACGGCGAAGAGGAGACAACAACUCACAGUCAAUUAUUAGCAGUGUUUCUAAAUGCUUCUAGACGUUCCGGAAGUCGAAAAUCGCGUCGUAAAAACCGGGAACUGUCUUUUUUAGAAGCUUACAGCAAAGUUGAAAAGAAGUAUUUAAUCCAGUUGAGCAAAUACUUUAAAAAUGAUUGUUCAAGUUUUAGUUAUGACUGUAGACCCACAAACAUCUUUGAAAAGAACCAAAAACCACACACUAAGUUUUUUGAUACAGGGGGUUUAUAGGUUCCAUAUGGAAAGGUUUUAGUUUUGAUAUAUCCCACAGGUUUGAAGUGAUUAAAGAAGUGAUGGUUUGUUUUGAUUUUUGUUUGGAGGCGGGGGAGAGGGUGCGGGUAUUUUGCUAUUUAGGUUGGUAUUAUUUAUUUUAUUGGUCGUUUUCCUGUACAGUACUGAAAGCAAAUUGAAGAAACCCCGGAGAACGCUAGAUCGGCGACGGUCCUGCACAUAUGACGUCAUAUCCCUGUUUCCAUCUCUAGACUUUGACGACAUCUGCAGGUCCUAACCCGUAGCCUAACCCACAAUCCACAUAUGACGUCAUAUGUUCUAAAAUGUACAGGACCGUCGCCAAUCUAGCGUUCUCCAGAAACACCGCGCGGUGGAAGGGUACUUAGCUCUGUAUGAGUGUUUGUCAGGUGAUUUCGUUUACGCCUGUUUUAAUCCAUAUAAACGUUUUGGUGUUUUCUUCACUAUUAUUUCCUUUCGUUUGUCUUCUGUGAUAUAUUUAUAUUAGUUCAUUACAAAGAAAGCUCAUUAUGUUCUAAAUAUUGGAUAUUGGGAUCCCACAUUUUCACGGUAAAAUAACAACAAUAUUGAUUGGAAUGGACCAAUAUUGUAGCAAAGGCUACAUCUGCCUAUUACAGAUGCCAUCAGAUAUAUCCGAUAUUAUGUAGACUAAUGCGGUUCAGUUAUAUUUCGAUUUAAUUUUAAACUGGAGGAGCCAGAUUUAGCUUCGAACAACCGGUACGUUGGUUGCAAUUAAGGCACACGUAUUGUCAAACCUUCAAAGGCUGAUAUAUUCACUUGCAAUAGAGUAAUGUGAAUGAAAUUUUCAAAUUAUUGAUUUUACAUUAUCUUUUUUCGAACUAUUAUAGCACGAAUGGCCAGCUCUUUAUCUAAAUCUUACACAAUGUAUCUUUAAUUUAGAAUAUUAUUGAGUUGGGGGUUUAGUUCCUCUAUGUUUUGGAAACUUGAAAUAAACAAAAAUGGCUCUAAGACCCCAUAUUAAUGUAAUAUCAAGUAGUAAAAUAGGGCACUUGGAGGGGGUAUUUCCGGUAGGGUUAUCUUCCGCUGUUUUGUUUACCUUAUCAACGUCAGAAGAGUUAUCCCCCUUUUAUUAUGGGCGUGGUUGUUGACCCUAGUUACGAUAGAAUCACGUGACAACGACGUAAUAUGAACACCAUGUCCGUUUAAAUUUGAAUUGUUGGGUGUGUUUGUGUUUGUAAUGUUGUCCGCCUUUUUUUUAAAAAGUGGGGUUAACGGUUAAUUGUAGUGAUGAUGGAAACCCGUGGCAACUAGGUAAUAUGAAGUUGUGAGUUUAAAUUUGAAUUGUGGAUAUGGGGGGGAGGGGGGUCACCGUAAUGAGCGUGCGAAGUUCACCUCGAACCCACGCACCGCCCGCCCAGUCCAGCGCGCCCGCGUCCGCCCGCGCCCGCCCGCGGACGCUAUGAUCUUAUUUUUAUUCAAUGUAUUAUUGGUGGUGUGAAACAAAAUGUUUUAUUUGUACCGCGCAUGGGCCCCGCCUCGCCACGCCCCAACGUCUUUUUCGUCGUCGCUUCAACCCAAAGACCAAAACAUGUCCUAAAAGACAUUCCCGUCAAUUGUAUGGUUAAUUGUAUUUGUUAAUUGUAUUUGUUAAUUGUAUUUGUUAAUUGUAUUUGUUAAUUGUAUUUGUUAAUUGUAUUUGUUAAUUGUAUUUGUUAAUUGUAUUUUUUCAUUUAGUCUUGUUAUUUCCUCAUUUAGUUGAUUAUUUAUAAUCUAAGAGAAAUGAAACGAGUUUUAACGUCCAUACUGACUAAUAGGGACUAGAUUAAUAUUUUGGAACUUGAAUAUUCUCAGAUGUCACCAAUCAAAUAAUUGUAGUCAUUUGUAGUAUUAAGUAAUAUAUUAAUUAGUAUAUUAAUUGUUUAUAUUAAUUGAGGUUAAUCAAACUCGUGUACUUGUUUUAAAAAAUACAAAUUGUACAUCGUUAAGGUAUGAGAAAUGUUUUAAAAUGAUAAUUGUAGUCAUUAUCGCAUUAAUUAAUAUGUUAAUUAGUAUAUUAAUUGUUUUAUAUUAAUUUAGGUUACUCUAACCCUAACGUACUUAAAUGUUUUUAUUUUAGCAUUUGAUAAAAUAUUUAAGAAAAAUAAAAGUGGUUAGUUCUUUAAAAACCAGGUUAAUAAUAUUAAUAUUACAUUAUGUAUUUAACAGAUGUUUUUCGGGGUAGUAGGUGAACUUUUGACCGAUAUUCUAAAAAAUGCCAUGAACCUUUUUAAAUAAACCAAUAACCUAUAUUCCUUCUAUGCCAGUUUUUUUGGGGUUUUUUUUUCCGAGUUGUUAAAAAAAAACUACAAGCUGUAUGCUGUUAACGCGUAAGAAAAUGGCCUUAAAAAAACAAAAAUGACCGGAUAAUUGUAGUAAUUAACGUAUUAAUUAAUGUGCGAAUUAGUAUAUUAAUUGUUUUAUAUUAAUCGAGGUUAAUUAAACUCACGUACUUGUUAAAAUAUUACAAGCUGUAUGUCGUUAACAGAUGAGAAAAUGUUUUAAAAGUAAAAGUAGUAUUAAGUAAUAUGUUAAUUAGUAUAUUAAUUGUUUAUAUUAAUUGCGGUUAAUUAAACUCAUGUACUUGUUUAAAUAAAUACAAGCUGUACAUCGUUAAGGUAUGAGAAAUGUUUUAAAAUGACAAUUGUAGUCAUUAUCGUAUUAAUUAAUAUGUUAAUUAGUAUAUUAAUUGUUUUAUAUUAAUUUAGGUUAGUCUAACCCUAACUUACUUAAAUGUUUUUAUUUUAGCAUUUGAAAUAUAUUUAAGAAAAAUAAAAGUGGUUAGUUCUUUAAAAACCAGGUUAAUAAUAUUAAUAUUACAUUAUGUAUUUAACAGAUGUUUUUCGGGGUAGUAGGUGAACUUUUGACCGAUAUUCUAAAAAAUGCAAUGGACCUUUUUAAAUAUGCCAAUAACCUCUAUAUUCCUUCUAGGCCAGUUAUUUUUAUUUAUUUAUUUUUUUUGCCGAGUUGUUAAAAAAUUACAAUCUCUAUGCUGUUGACGCGUAAGAAAAUGGCUUUAAAAAAACAAAAAUGACCAGAUAAUUGUAGUAAUUAAGGUAUUAAUUAAUAUGCGAAUUAAUUAUAUUGUUUUAUAUUGAUUAAGGUUAGUUAAAACCGACAUACUUCAGUAAGAUUUUUAUUUUUUUAUUUUAGCCUUUGAAAUAUAUUUAACAAAAAAUAUAAUAGGUGACCUCUUUUAAAACAAACUGACGGCUAACACUAGAUAAUGUACUUAACAGAUGUUCUAACCGAUGGCUUUUGAUUUUAAACUAGAUAAAACAUAAUAUCGUGCAGUAAAAUAUUCCAUCCACAUAUAUGUGUGUUACAUACAGUUGUGAUCAUGUGAUCUGUUUAAAAAAAGGAGCGGCUUAUUUAAAAGCUGAUGACGAAGCACCAUUCCUUUGUUCAAUGCCAAUCUUUCAGUCUUUCGCGUGGUGGGUGACCUUUGGACCGAUAUACUAAAACUUAAUCUGGAACUAUUUAAAAUAUGUCUAUGAACUUUUGUAAACUUUUCCAUUGACCUGAAUUCAUCUAAAAUGCAAAUGACUUGCGAAAUACACAAUUGUGAUUGGUUUUCUAGGUCUUGCAUGAAAUGGAAAUUCACCGAACAUGCAAAUAAUUUGUGACAUACACUCCCUCAUUGGUUCUGUUAGAUGAACUUUAUGCCGUCUGAACCGUAUAUGUAAAUGACUUUGUUUCUGUGGUAUAUAACCACGAUUCCAUAAGACCUUCUUACCAUUUUUCAAACUUGUGUAUCAAAGGAAUCCCUUCUAUCCUUAUAGAUUUUUCAUUCAUUAGUUGUUUUUUUUCAAUAAGUGAUGUACAUAUGAUUUAUUUUAAUUUGUUAAAAUCAUUUACCGAUUAUUUGUAGAUAUUGUUUUUUAAUUUGAUGGAAAGUUUGCAUCUGUAGUCAAAUGUUUGAAAUUUGAACAAUAUUUCAUCUGCUGAUAGUUUUAUAUUUAAUGAAAGGUUUUAAUAAAAUGUGGUGGUAUGAUGAAUCUGUUCCAAUAUUUGAAUUAUGAAAAUAGUAUGACCAAGUUUCCAUGACCGAAAUAUGUUCUUUAUAUAAAUGGGUUUUAUUUUCGUUACACAGUAUUUUAGAUUCGAUUUAUAUAUUAUAGCGGUGGUCACAGUUAUCUUGUAUGGAGUUAUGACAUGUUUUAGCACCAUGUAAUUUAAUAUCUUUGAGAACUAAAGAAAAUGUCUUCUGUAAAGGCAAUUUGGUGACUAUGUUUAAUUAACUCCAGUCUUUUAGUUGUGACAUAUGUUUUAAUCAUCAAAAUAAAAGUCAAGCACCUU